AUGGCUUGUAUACUUGUUAUAAUCCACACUGUCUGGGCAGAGGGGCGCAGGGGCAGAGGGGCGCAGGGGCAGAGGGGCGCAGGGGCAGAGGGGCGCAGGGGCAGAGGGGCGCAGGGGCAGAGGGGCGCAGGGGCAGAGGGGCGCAGGGGCAGAGGGGCGCAGGGGCAGAGGGGCGCAGGGGCAGAGGGGCGCAGGGGCAGAGGGGCGCAGGGGCGCAGGGGCGCAGGGGCGCAGGGGCGCAGGGGCGCAGGGGCGCAGGGGCAGAGGGGCAGAGGGGCGCAGGGGCAGAGGGGCGCAGGGGCAGAGGGGCGCAGGGGCAGAGGGGCGCAGGGGCAGAGGGGCGCAGGGACAGAGGGGCGCAGGGACAGAGGGGCGCAGGGACAGAGGGGCGCAGGGACAGAGGGGCGCAGGGACAGAGGGGCGCAGGGACAGAGGGGCGCAGGGACAGAGGGGCGCAGGGACAGAGGGGCGCAGGGACAGAGGGGCGCAGGGACAGAGGGGCGCAGGGACAGAGGGGCGCAGGGACAGAGGGGCGCAGGGACAGAGGGGCGCAGGGACAGAGGGGCGCAGGGACAGAGGGGCGCAGGGACAGAGGGGCGCAGGGACAGAGGGGCGCAGGGACAGAGGGGCGCAGGGACAGAGGGGCGCAGGGACAGAGGGGCGCAGGGACAGAGGGGCGCAGGGACAGAGGGGCGCAGGGACAGAGGGGCGCAGGGACAGAGGGGCGCAGGGACAGAGGGGCGCAGGGACAGAGGGGCGCAGGGACAGAGGGGCGCAGGGACAGAGGGGCGCAGGGACAGAGGGGCGCAGGGACAGAGGGGCGCAGGGACAGAGGGGCGCAGGGACAGAGGGGCGCAGGGACAGAGGGGCGCAGGGACAGAGGGGCGCAGGGACAGAGGGGCGCAGGGACAGAGGGGCGCAGGGACAGAGGGGCGCAGGGACAGAGGGGCGCAGGGACAGAGGGGCGCAGGGACAGAGGGGCGCAGGGACAGAGGGGCGCAGGGACAGAGGGGCGCAGGGACAGAGGGGCGCAGGGACAGAGGGGCGCAGGGACAGAGGGGCGCAGGGACAGAGGGGCGCAGGGACAGAGGGGCGCAGGGACAGAGGGGCGCAGGGACAGAGGGGCGCAGGGACAGAGGGGCGCAGGGACAGAGGGGCGCAGGGACAGAGGGGCGCAGGGACAGAGGGGCGCAGGGACAGAGGGGCGCAGGGACAGAGGGGCGCAGGGACAGAGGGGCGCAGGGACAGAGGGGCGCAGGGACAGAGGGGCGCAGGGACAGAGGGGCGCAGGGACAGAGGGGCGCAGGGACAGAGGGGUGCAGGGACAGAGGGGUGCAGGGACAGAGGGGUGCAGGGACAGAGGGGUGCAGGGACAGAGGGUUGCAGGGACAGAGGGGUGCAGGGACAGAGGGGUGCAGGGACAGAGGGGUGCAGGGACAGAGGGGUGCAGGGACAGAGGGGUGCAGGGACAGAGGGGUGCAGGGACAGAGGGGUACAGGGACAGAGGGGUACAGGGACAGAGGGGUACAGGGACAGAGGGGUACAGGGACAGAGGGUUACAGGGACAGAGGGGUACAGGGACAGAGGGGUACAGGGACAGAGGGGUACAGGGACAGAGGGGUACAGGGACAGAGGGGUACAGGGACAGAGGGGUACAGGGACAGAGGGGUACAGGGGCAGAGGGGUACAGGGGCAGAGGGGUACAGGGGCAGAGGGGUACAGGGGCAGAGGGGUACAGGGGCAGAGGGGUACAGGGACAGAGGGGUACAGGGACAGAGGGGUACAGGGACAGAGGGGUACAGGGACAGAGGGGUACAGGGACAGAGGGGUACAGGGACAGAGGGGUACAGGGACAGAGCGGUACAGGGACAGAGGGGUACAUGA